UAACGUGAUGCUAACAUCGAACUAACGUAACGCUCACGUGAAGUUGAGGGGAUACUAUCAGGUUGCUAACGCGAUGCUAAGUUGACUUUGUGGGGGCAAAAGAGAAUCUCUGAGGUGUCCAGUCAAGUGUGACUUCCUCACUUUGUUUUUACGGCCGACUCCACAUUGUCUCAGCCACUUCCUGUUUCCUGUCUGCAGGCUUCUGAUUGUCUUUGGCGGCGAGGAGGAGGAAAGCAAAGCAAAGCAAAGCAAAGGAAACUCCACCAGCUCCGAGGCACUCGCUUCCCGUCCGCGCAGCAGCGGCGGCCGAGCGAAACUUGGUUGGUCUCGUCAUCGUUUGACAAAGAUUGUGGGGGGCGGCCUCCCCACCGCCACAGACCUCUUCAAAAGGGCGCACUCUGCAUCAUCCCUCUCCCACCUCGAGCAGGAGGCUCCACAGCAUGCGAUGCAGGGUCACCAGCUUCUUUCCCAAAGCUGGGAGACUAUUGAACCCGAACGGUGCUCCGUAGCCCCGACAUCAGCACCCCCGUGCCUACAACGAACACUUCAAUUCUUUGCGAGUUCAAAGGACCUUGGAAAUAGAAUGCAAAUAUUACGUGCCAUUCAAGCCUCGCGCAUUUGUGUUUUGGCUGCAUCCGAACCCUAACUGCGUUUGCACCUUUGCACACAUUCACAACUGCCAAGAAGUCGUCUUAUCUUUUUUAUCUUGUCUUAUUUUCUUGUUUUGUGUACAUUUCACAGGUCUUGAGAUUUAUUGGCCUAAUCUGGGUCAUUUUGGUGCAACAUCUUGUGUAAAUGUGUGUCGGUAUGACCGUGAAACUCCUUGAAUAUGAACGCAUCACGUCACCUGACAGCACUUCAAAGUAUUCUGUAACAUGUCGCCGGUCGAGACGUCCGCAAAGAUGAAACAGUAAAGGAAGAAAAGAACAUUUGGGAUGAAAGAGCGAAGGGGCGUCCCAGCUGACUCCGGGCUACACCCGAACUGGUCGCCAGCCAAUCGCAGGGCACAUACAAACAAACAAACAGACAAACCAUUCGCACUCACGUUGACACCUAUGCGGGCAAUUUCGAGUCUUCAAUCCACCGAGCACGCCUGUUUUGGGGAUGUGGGAGGAAACCGGAGUGCCCGGGAGAACAUGCCAACUGCACACAGGCGGGGCCGGGAUUUGAACCCCGGUCCUCAGAACUGUGAGGCAGAUGUGCUAACCGGUCGUCUGCCGCGCCGGCGCAGUGUAGCUAUUUCACACCAUAUUUUGGUUGUAAUCGAAUCUGAUUUGAUGACAGAUGUAGUCUUACAAUGCCUUGUUGCUCCCUGUAACACACGUGUUGUGACUGAUGAUACGAAGAAAAACUGAAGCAUUCCUGUUCUUGCAGGUCGUGUCGGUCAACAACGGGAAGUAACCGAUGUUUGGCUUUUAUUUUGAAAUGUGGAGAAUCCGGAAGUAGUGUGCGUCCCGUUUGCCGCGGGGGAAGGCGUGUUGACGUCCAAAAUCAGAGCGCUCAGAACUCGCAGAACCCGAGUAGGUGUGGCUGUGGAUCGACUUGGGGUUCCGGGCUCAGUCUGCGAGCAGAUCGGGCGAACCGGGGAAGAGGAGCAGCGCGAGCACGAUUGGACUGAAGUAGAAGGAGGUCCCAAUGCCGAUGGGUCACCGCGGCUGGUAAUGACGCUGUGAUGGCAUCAGGAGAUGGCGCUGGCGAUGGUCGUCAUGGCGACGCUGGAUGCUAACACGGCAGUGGAAACGCUUCUGGCCGCCAUCCAUCUGGAGAGGUACCACGUCUCCUUCCAGAGAGCCGGCCUCCUAUUGGCCGCCGACGUGGUCCACUUGGAUCACGACGCGCUGGUCAGCUUGGGAAUCACGGCCACCGGGCAUCGCAAACGGAUCCUGAGGCUUCUGUCUUACGUCCAGAGGCGGGUAGCUCAAGUGGCCAAUCAGAGAGCGGCGGCCGAACGACACCAUUCCGUGACGGACCUACCGUUGUCUCCGUCGCCGACGUUGUCGCGAGCUCGCUGCGGCUCGGGAGCGUUGAGGAACACCUCGGCUUCCGACCCGGCUGCCAUGCUGAAGCCGGUGCCCAAACCAAGAACCGUUUUUAACCGGCGGCGUACCGCACCGGUUCACUUCCGUCCUCCUGCGCCGGACGUGGUCCUGUCCCCCCACAGGAGGCUUUCCCAGGAGUCCAUCUGUUUCCCGCUUUUCCACGGCGUCAACUCAGAGCAGAAGCAGACGCCCGGCCGGCAGGACGAGGCGACGCCUGUCGGCAGGUCAGGCAUUUCCUUACCGCCCGUUCCCCCGAGGGUCACCCGUAUGGUUGAGCUCGCAGCGUGCCCGUUGCCUUCGUCUCAUGCGCAAGCGUACUACAACCAAACACUUCCUGCUCCUCUUUCUGCUGCACUUCCGGCUUCCUGUUCACCUUCGUCUCCUGGUCACCAUGACGACAGCAGGAUGUCCGUAUCCUCCCGGUGGUCCGGAUCGGGCCUCGGUGAUGGCGGAAGGAUGGAGAUGAUCUCCAAUGACAUCUACUGGGGCACUGCGGCAUCUGCCCCUCCGCCGCCGCCGCGACAAACAGCUGACGGGAAACAGAGGAACCAGAUAAAUAGUGGCGCCACAUCAAGCAACAACUCGUCGGGAUCGGCCAGAGAUGAUCCAACUGACCUUGAUGAUGUCAUCAGUCCCUACUCCGAAAGCCCUUUCCAAAGAGGCGGAGUCAUCACCCCCGCCAGCGAGAAUGAUGCGAGACGAGACGGAGAAACCAGGAGGUGGGAAUGGCAGCGCGCUGAGGAUCAUGGCCCCAUGCUGUCCCCGGACGGCGAUGAGGACCAGACCAUUUCACCGUACGCCAGCUACACAUCCCCCGGUGACAGGGCCACGCCCAUUAUCAGCGGUUGGCUGGACAAACUGUCACCGCAGGGGAACUAUGUUUUCCAGAAGCGCUUUGUCAAGUUUGACGGAAAAAAUCUCAUGUACUUUGGAAAUGAAAAGCUUCGUUGUCGUCUUUGCCUCUUUCAGGAUGUGUACCCUAAAGGAGUCAUCCCAUUGGCUGCCAUCCAGAGGGCCCCCCCCUCCAAAGACAACAAAUUUGAAAUAGUGACGAGUCAGCGGACCUUUGUUUUUAAGGCUGAUAAUGAAGUGCUGAGGCGGCGUUGGGUUUCUACACUGCAGGACCACGUCCGAGACCAACUGGUGUUCGGGCGGCGCUGGUUGGGUCCUGGUCCUCACUGUCAGAAACACGGCUUCCUGGAACUGAAAGGAACCAAGUCCAAAGUUUAUGUGGCCAUAAACACAGAGCAGAUUUGGCUCCACAAAAGCCAACAGUGUUUUCGUACUGGGAUCGGCAUUACGAUGAUUGAAGCCUGCGGUGCCACCAUCCGAGAUGGGAAACACAAAAAUUUCGACCUCAUCACGCCCUACAGAACCUUCAGCUUCACGGCAGACUCGGACCGGGAGAAACGGGACUGGAUGGAGGCGCUGCAAGAGGCCAUCACAGAGACCCUGUCGGACUACGAGGUGGCCGAGAAGAUCUGGUCCAACCGCUCCAACCGGACGUGUGCCGACUGCCGGGCCGUCAACCCCGACUGGGCCUCCAUCAACUUGUGUGUGGUCAUCUGCAAGAACUGUGCCGGUCAACACAGAGGUCUGGGCACUAUGGUUUCCAAAGUCCAGAGUGUGAAACUGGACACCAGCGUGUGGAGCAACCAGAUCGUGCAGCUCUUCAUCAUGCUGGGUAACGACUGCGCUAACGAGUUCUGGGCUGCCCACUUGUCCCAGUCGGACGAGCUGGCCUGCGACGCUUCGCCAAGUCAAAGGCGAGAGUUCAUCGGUCAGAAGUACCGAGAAGGACGCUUCCGACUGGACCAUCCCGCUUUCAGCAGCCAGGAGCAGCUACUGAAGGUCUUAUGUUGUGCGGUCUCCGAACACACACUCCUCAAAACUGUUACUCACAUCUUCUCUGAAGCCAGAUCCAAUCACCUGACCACCACCACUCACGGACAUCAACCAACCAGAGACCUGCUAGAUCACUACCUCACCUCGGAUCCUGGCAUCUAUGAUGAGAUCAUGAAGACAGUUCUUCAUUCGGGCUUCCUCUUCAGGUCCAAUUGCGCUAGCAGAGGGACGCUGUCCCGCCGAUAUCGAGAAGACUUCCAGAAGUUCUGGUGCUCCAUGGAUCAGUCGCUGCUCUUCUACCAGUCGGAGCGGUCGGCAGAAGCAUGCAUGGAGAUCAGCCUGAAGGACGUCGUGUGUUUGGGAGUCAGCCGACCCGACUCGUUCAACAAUAACUGCUUUGUGGACAGGUUCCGGUACACCUUCGAGUUGUAUCUGACCUCAGACAAAGUUUAUCAGUUUGGUGUGGAGACGGCCGAACUUCUCCACGCCUGGACCAGUGCAAUCGGGAAGGCCGCUACGCCGAUAAGCUGUCACUGUCUGCUGACUCGGGAGUUCGAACGCAUUGGACGACUGCGGUACCGAGCCAUGCUGGACCCUCAGCAGUGGAAGGAGGCACACUUUGUCCUGCAGAAGUCCAACCUCUUCAUCUGUCCCCAAAAUGACGGCGCCGCAGAAGACAUCAUCAACCUGAAGCGUCUUCAGGAGCUGAGUGUCACUUCAGAAAGCCAGAACCAGGAGAAGAAAGACAUCCUCGUUUUGGUGGAGAAGGGGAGGACGUUCCACCUGCAGGGUGUUGGCCGCACCGACUUCAGCUUGUGGUACUUGGACAUCCAGCGGGCCAGCGGCGGCAAGGGGAAUGCCCUGCAAGAGCAGCAGCUAAGCAGGAACGACAUCCCCAUAAUCGUGGACAGCUGCAUUGCCUUCGUCACACAGUAUGGUCUGGGCCAUGAGGGGAUCUAUCGCAAGAAUGGAGCCAAGUCUAGAAUCAAACUUCUCAUGGAGGAGUUCCGAAAAGAUGCUCGCAACGUCAAACUACGCAUCGGAGACCACUUCAUUGAGGAUGUAACGGACGUCCUCAAGCGCUUUUUCAGGGAGAUCGAUGACCCAGUCUUCAUGGCUGACCUCCACCCGCUGUGGCAGGGGGCCGCUAAAAUCCAGCUGAAAGGUUCGAGGUUAGACCACUACAAGGAGAUCAUCCGGACGCUUCCACGGGUCAACAGGAUGACUCUGGCUGCACUCAUCAGUCACCUCUACAGGGUCCAGAAAUGUGCCGACCUGAACCAGAUGUGUACCAAGAACCUGUCGCUGCUCUUCGCUCCCAGCCUCUUCCAGACGGACGGCAAAGGAGAACACGAAGUGAAGAUCAUCGAAGAUCUCAUUGACAACUAUUUGUACGUCUUCGAUAUCGAUGAGGAGCACCAGAAUCAGAUGGAGUUGGAGAUCAGCCUCAUCACCUCCUGGAAAGACACUCAGUUGUCUCAGGCGGGUGAUCUGAUCAUUGAAGUCUACUUGGAGACGAAGAUGCCAGACAGCUGCAUCACCCUUAAAGUGUCACCCAGCAUGUGUGCCGAGGAGCUGACCAAUCAGGUCCUAUACAUGAGGAACAUCCCCGCUGGAGACAAAGAUGUCUGGAUGACAUUUGAGGUUAUCGAUGACGGACAGCUUGAGCGUCCAUUGCAUCCCAAAGAGAAAGUUCUGGAACAGGCACUUCAGUGGUGCAAGAUGGCCGACCCGAGCGCCGCCUACCUGGUAGUGAAGAGGGUCCCGAAAGGCGACGGCAUCAACAUUCUCACCUCCUACAAGAGUGACCUGAUGAAGGUUGGUGUGCUGAGGUGUCGCGAGGAGCCCCCCAAACUGCUUCAAGGGAACAAAUUCCAGGAGAGAAGCUUCCAGAUCAAGAAGAACAAACUACUUCUGCUCAAAGACAAGAAGAGCUUGAAAGCAGAGAAGGAGUGGUCUCUGAAGACCAUGAAAGUCUACAUAGGGGUCCGCAGGAAACUCAAAGCGCCGACGAGGUGGGGCUUCACUGUGAUGUCACACAAACAUCAGCUGUUCCUAUGUUGCCCGAACGUGGCCGACUUGUGGGACUGGGUCAGCAGCUUCCUCAGAGCUCAGAACGACGAGCCGGGCCCUCCCGUCCUCAGACGUCACUCGUCGUCCGACAUCGCCCGGCAGAAGUUCGGCACCAUGCCCCUGGUGCCCAUACGAGGAGACGAGAGCAACCACGGCAUGCUGUCAGCCAAUCAGACGCUGAGGAAGCUUCACGACCGCAGGACGCUCUCCAUGUUCUUUCCGAUGAAGGUCCAUCAGGACUGCGUGAAGGAGCGUUCCGAGUCUCCGGAGCCGCUCUACGAGGAGGUGGGCGACUUUGGCCUGCAGGUGCUCAAAUCCCUGGAGAGCAGCUUCCUGUCCGGGGGCGGCGGCGACACGCGCGAGCUCCGAGACCCGCCUGAGGCACGACCGCUUCCCGCCCCGCACGGAUACGCCGACUCAGAGCCGGCGUCUCAGCCUCAGGCCGUGUGCACGCCGUCUCAGGAGCUCCUCCUACAGGAACUGUCCUCAGCUUUCGGCGGGAAGGCGGACCGAGACGAAGAUGAGGAAGAGGAGGAGAGCAGAGUCGAUUGAUUGACACGAUAUAAAUAUCAUAUGCAUGUAAUGGCAGAUGGACGCCUGCGGGUGGCACUGCCGUGCCAUCAAUGUACAGGCUUACCCUGUGGAAUUUAACACGCACACACACAUUUUUCAUGUGGACUUCCUGUCACCUUUUUGGAUGAAACGGUGAUUGUCAAAAGUAGCAACCAUGUUUUGUGAAAUUAAAGUCGUCGUGGUUGAAGGGACCCAAAACUUCU